AUGAGUCAAUUAGUGAUCAAUGAUUUGGUGGAAGAGAUUAGUGACGAUAAUCAAAGACUGGUCACUGAGUUGGCACUCGAGAGGCAAUUGUCUCAAGUGUUGGACAACAUAAGAAACAAUGCAUUAGUUUUGAUACAAAACUGUAAAUGCGAUGAAAAUCAACACUUAAUACAAACCAUUCAUCGACUUAAUGGUGAUUUCAUUGAACGCAAGACAAACCACUUCUUGGGAUCACAUGUACGCACACAGACUGUCGAUGAAUGUGUUUCAGGUGAUGGUAGCGAAGCGGUCAGUGAAUUGAGUCCAACACUCGACUCGAGACAAUCGGCGCCCGAGAAGUCGGACCACAGUUUAGCCACUGAUAUAUCGAUGGACACGACGACUGAUACACACGAUUUGGACACAAACUCAUCACAGUUUGCGUCCAUAGAUACUGCAGACAUAAAGCCAUCGGCCUAUCACUGCCAUCGAUGUCGCCAUUCAUUUGGCACUAUAUUUGAUCUCAAAAAUCACGACAAUAUCGUCCACAAGAAGCUGAUCGCAAAUGUCUGCAGACAUUGUCAGCGACUGUUCCACACGGCGGGC